CAUUUCAAGAUAAUUCAUAGAUGCAUACACAUUUACAAUCGCAAAAAAUUUUCCCAGUAAUUUGAUGUGGUCUACAUCAAUGAUUUAAUGCAUUUGUAAAAUAAAUUGUGACAAAUGACUUACAAUUUUAUUGCUAAGAUGUUGUUCAAGCAGCGGUGUACUACCUAUUUAUAAUAUAACACUCUUAAUAACUUAUUUAAACAUUAAUAACUAAAUUAAAAUUUAUUAACCGUGAACACAGGCAAUGGAUACUGCAAAACUAUUUCCGCCAAAUUUAUACAACAACAAUAUACGAUCCACAAUAAUAUCCAUUCCCACACAUAUGUCGGCGAACUUGGCAGCACUGUAAAUACCAAAAUCAGCUGCUGCUAUCAGAGAAUGUAGAUUAUUUUUGCUUGUGAAAUACGCGUAAUUUUUGGCAACAAUUCUAGUUCAUAAAAAAAAGUAUUGAAAAACAAAUAAAAUGACUGAACCAUCUACGCCAAACACACCUGGAAGCCAAGCGCUUGUGAAACUUAAGGAGCGUGAUAAGAGUUUGCAAGACUUCAAAGUACCUCUGUCCGGAGCAGUGCGCAAAAAAACUAAACAAAAAAUACUCACGGAGGAAAUGUACAUCGAAGAGCUUUCUAAAAUUAUUCAACGGGAUUUCUUUCCACAUUUGGACAAAUUGCGUGCACAGAAUGACUACUUGGAUGCGAUGGAGCGUAAAGACUAUGCACAAAUGGAAGCGAUACGUGCGAAGUACAGUGGUCGCAGACCGACCGACAGGAGCUCUAUGUCUCCAGCUACAUUUGAGACACCGGCAAGUGCGAAUGGAAAUGUGACACCACGACAUGGGAGCAAUGAUAAUGCUUCAGACACACCCAAAUCCACUCUAUCAAUUUCUUCUAAAACAUCUAGAAUAGACGACGAAAAUAAGUCUAUAGCAGACAAACAUUCAUUGGAUUCGUUUUUACAGCAUUACACUAGCGAAGACAAUUAUAGUUUUCAAGAAAUCAUAGACACUGCUGACGAGAAAUUGCGACAAAAGUUUGCCGUGCUGUAUAAUGAGGAAAAGUUAUCAGCCGAUAAAUUAGCACGCGCUUUAACUUUGCCAUCAAUUGAAAAACAGUUUGAAGAACCGGAUCCUUUACGAAAGAUUGAAACUUGGUCAUACACAAAUAAAAACUCCAUUAUGUACAUCCCCGAUGGUGUAGAACUUACCGAGAUAGAACGUGUGGAAGCUGCAAAGCGGCGCGAAAUAAUAAAGCACAACGCUACACGGCUUAAUACCAAUCCUUUCGUUGAAACACCUAAUCAAAAGGCAAACAACGAAUUAGUAAAAACCCAAUCGCAAGCACUUAUGAAUAAAAUCGGCUUAGAUGGAAACGUCAUAACACCGGGCAACGAGAGUGAAGGCCCUCAAGUGCGUGGCUUUAAUUUAGUAAAAACCCCUUCUCCACGUCCAGGUGAAGCAUUUUCACCAAUCAUGACGUGGGGUGAAAUCGAAGGUACACCCUUCCGACUCGAUGGAUCUGACACACCAGUACGUCCAAAUGUCGGCCCUGCCUUCACAAUAACUGAAAAUUCACGACGUGAAAAUAUUGCUUUGGCAUUGGCAGAAAAAGUAGGUGAAAAGAUGCGUGCACAAAAGCAAAGGGCUGCUGAUACAGCGCGUAAAAAUAUUAAUUCACCAUUUAUACGUUCAAAUAUGGAGCGAUUGGCAUCAAUGUCACCGGCAGCAAGACGAUUAGCCAGCUCCAAAUUAGGUUUAAAUACAACACCGCUUAUGCCCACACCACAACGUACACCAGGCAAAGCUAUGCAGAGGGCCGCACCAAUACCAAGAGCUGUGAACUCCCGUAAAACGCCAUCAGGUGGCACUAGCACAAACUCCGCACCAAACACUCCGAAACAGAUUAGUAGUGGCAAAUCCACACUAACCGAUGAUUUGCUGAAAAUUCCUACAAAACGAUUGCGUGCCUCAGAUUUCUUUUAAACUACUGCAUAUUACGCGGAAUAGAAUGGAAAUUAUAUAAAUUAAUUUCCAAAUAAACGCACAGUAGCGUGUAUGUGGUAACAUAUGUCAGGUUUACACAAAAAAUACUAAUAGUUUCAUAAGCAUAUUUGAUAGUAGAAAUAAUUAAUGAAUAAGUAACGAUAACUGAUUAAAAGAAAAAUCUUAAAACUAACCUAUUGUAAAUAUAAUUGUUUUAAUAAAUAAACACAUUUAUAUUGAGUUCCCAAAA